AUGGGCUGCGGUGCUUCUUCUGAGAACAGCAGCGUCACGUACGUGAACGGCAGGCCCACCUUCGUGGGUGAGGAGGUGACGAAGGGCUUUGAGAAGGACAAUGGGCUGCUUUUCCGCAUCGUGAACAAGAAGAAGAAGCAGUGGGCGUACUACAACGACACGACGCAGUACGAAAUGCACGUGCUGGUCACCUUCAACGAGGACUGUGACAUCAAGGCUCUUGGCAAGACGAAGCUGGAGCAGCAGGAGAACGGUGAGUGGGUAGCCUCCGUGGUGGUGUACCCGUGCGAGACGGAGAUGUUCAUCGAAGGCCGCGUGAACGGCUUCAAGUCAAAGAUGGACGCCUUGCCGCUGUCGGAGGAGUACCGCCAGCAUCAGGCGGAGAAGGACAAGUAG